UGAUUCGAUGAAUAAAGCUUCCGUUAUCUCAAUCUCUCCCUCCAUCCUGUGACAUUAGAUUUCAAAACUGUCAUCUUAUCCCAUCCUAUUGUAUGGUUGUGUAUAAUAGCGUGUGGUGAGUGGUAUAGCUGAACUAUUCUCCAGAUCCUCACUAUCUUAUUCGGGUCAACUAAUUUAGGUUUUUCUAGGUUAAUGUGUUUGGCUAGUCCGACUGCACCCGUUUUACUACUUUGACCUAUGUAUUUAACCUGACAGUCAUUCCAGCAUGGUAUUAGCUUGUUUCAGAAGAAACCUACAGUGGACCUUAUAAGCCGAAUGAAGCCAUUUUUAGGUAAAGGUGGCAAUCAAGUAAUUCAACUAAUGAGUUACCUUACAUGUACACUAAUAAUUCUACAAUCAUUUGAAUAUUGUAAAGCAUUUGUCAAUCUAUAUGAGGAAAGAGAAAUACAACAAGAAUCUAGACAAUCAUAUGCUUAUCAACACACAAACUCCACAUAUGAUGUAGCCAAAGAAAUACUUCCAGUUAAACUAUUGAUUAUCGCCUUAUAUUCAUGUAUCACAUUGAUGGGUGUUACAGGUAAUCUACUAGUUGUCUGGAUUGUAUUACGUGUCAAACCAUUACAGACUAUUACAAAUAUAUUUAUUGCCAAUUUAGCUGUCUCAGACAUUUUAAUGAGUCUUGUUGCUACACCAUUCACUCCUCUAUCAUUAUAUAUGAGCAACUGGACACUACCUGAGGCUGUUUGUAAACUUUUACCAACUACAAUGGGUGUAUCGGUGUAUGUGUCCACAUUGACAUCAAUGGCGAUAGCAUUAGAUCGAUUCUUUGUUAUUGUUCAUCCAUUUCUACCAAGAAUGAAAAUAUGGUUAUGCUUUAUUAUUAUAUUCACUGUAUGGAUAAUAGCUGUACUCAUUUCAAUGCCAUUAGCUGUUUAUCAACAAAAGCAUAAAGAUCCAAUGAAUAAUGUAUCAAGUUGUCGAGAGAAUUGGCCUAAAGAAUCCUCACGUGAAGUAUUUACAAUUGUUAGUUUUGUAUUACAAUUUGUUGUACCAUGCAGUAUUAUCUCAGUGUGUUAUUUCCGCAUAAGUUUACUACUACGCUCUCGACUGCAUACACAAAUUGGUAGUGGGACAAAAACACAAAUGAAAGAAGAAAGAGAGAUCAAACGUAAACGUCGAACAAAUACAAUGUUAAUAGCAAUGGUUGUGAUAUUUGUUAUAUGUUGGAUACCGUUGAAUAUCUUAUGGAUGGUAAUGGAUGUACACAGUGAAGAACAUAUGAAUGAUGUACAAAGUUCAAAAAAUUUCAGUCUAAUCUUUUUUGUCUGUCAUCUGUUAGCAAUGAGUAGUGCUGUAUAUAAUCCAUUCUUGUAUGCAUGGAUGAAUAAUAAUUUUCGUAAAGAAUUUCAUCGUAUUGUACCGUGUUUCUUUUUAAAGCCAAGAUAUCAUUCAAAUCAAAUGACAACACAAACUAUGGGUGCUGAAUAUACAGCUGUACGCAUAAAUUAUCUUAAUUCAACUGUACAACCACCAUCUGUUUUAAUUAGAGUUAGUGAAGAAAUAAAAGACACCAGUCAUCAGAUAACAUCGAAUGACUUAGGCGCUGAUCAACAGCAACAACAACAACAACAACAACAUCACCCACAGCAACAAUAUGAUGAGGAUAUUACUUUCGUUGAUUCUGUUAAUCACGAAUCAAAAGAACACGAAAAUGCAAUUCAAGUAGAGAGUAAAGUAGAAGAAACAAUAUGUCAUAAUAAAUUAAAUAAUAAAAUAAGUCAAGUAAAUAAUGAUUUAGAAAAUCAAACUAAAAAACAUGAACAUAUUGAUAACAUUGAGAAUGUUAACUGUUCACAAACAUCUCUUCAUAAAACACUUGAUCAUUGAACAUACACACACUACACGCUAUAUAUGUAUAAAUAUGUGUAUAUGUAUGUGAUAUCUAUGGUGUAUUUCCGAUUGUUUUCUUAUCAAUCAAAUGAACACAGAUUUUUCUGUUCACCUUAUGUUCUUAAUAGGUUUUAUUGAAAUAUUUUUGUGUUUUAAACUUCUGUGUUUUUUUUCUAACUGCGCGCUUAAUUCAUUUUUACAUUUGUUGUUACUGUUAUUUGUUGUUGUCGUUGUUGUUGCUGUAUGCCACAGGAAAAUGUCUCCCUUAAGUGUGUGUAUGUGUGUGUAUAUGUGUACGUGUUUAUCCUUAUCACUCUGUAAAUUGUUUUAAGCAAAAGGAAUGAAAAGAUGCUAUUUUUAUUUCAUAAAUUAUUGAACAUAAAGAAAAUCAAUAAACAAAAUGAUCUCUUGUUCUGUUAUUGCUGUUGUUGUUGUUGUUUAAAUACAAAACAAACAAGAUGGCGCUGCUUCAAAUUCGUGAUGUAACAAAAAAGGCAUUACUUUUCGUCAUAUAUCCUUAAAUCAGAUUUAAUACUUGCAAGUUAAUUUCCAAUUUAUACAGUUCGAGGAGGUGAAAUUCACCACAACUUUCUUUGGAAACUGAUUUUAUUCCGAUCACAGUAUGUGAUCUGGUUGAUAACAUAAUAUGUGAUCGAGAAAGCGAGUAUAUUUGCAUAAACUAUAUACUACUGAUAGACUGAGGUAAGUAGUUGUAUACCACUAUCCAGACGAUCGAAACUGCUGUUUGGUAUUUAGACCACUUCAUUGUGGCUAGCAAACACUAGUGGUUGAUGUGAGUGGUAUAGAACUACUCACUUCAUCAAUCAGUAGUAUGUAGUUUUAAUCAUUUGUUUCUACU